CGCUGCGGGCGGGGGCCGGGCCGGGCCGGAUCGGGGCCGGCCAUGGCGGGGCUGGUGGCGGCGCUGCUGCCGGUGCUGGCGCUGCUCCGCGGCGGCGGCGGCAAGUACGUGCGGGCCAACAUCAGCACCAAGGAGGACUGGGUCUUCCUCACCCGCUUCUGCUUCUUGUCGGACUAUGGGCGCCUGGAUUUCCGCUUCCGCUACCCCGAGGCCAAAUGCUGCGAGAACAUCCUGCUCUACUUCGACGACCCCUCGCAGUGGCCGGCCGUCUACAAGAAGGGCGAGCAGGACUGUCUGAUGAAGGAGUCUGUGAUCCGGCCUGAGAACAACCAGGUCAUCAACCUCACCACACAGUACGCCUGGUCCGGCUGCCAGGUGGUGGUGGAGGAUGCCGUGCGGUACCUGAGCUGUGCCAGCGGCCGCAGCUUCCGCUCCGUGCGCGAGCGCUGGUGGUACGUGGCGCUCAGCAAGUGCGGGGGCGAUGGGCUGGAGCUGGAGUAUGAGAUGGUGCUCACCAACGGGAAGUCGUUUUGGACACGGCACUUCUCUGCCGACGAGUUUGGCAUCCUGGAGACUGACAUCACCUUCCUCCUCAUCUUCAUUCUCAUCUUCUUCGUUUCCUGCUACUUUGGCUAUCUGCUCAAGGGGCGGCAGCUGCUGCACACGACCUACAAGAUGUUCAUGACGGCUGCUGGUGUGGAGGCCUUGAGCCUGCUUUUCUUCUGCAUCUAUUGGGGCCAAUACGCCUGCGAUGGGGUCGGCAAUGGCAGCCUCAAGAUUUUGGCCAAGCUGCUGUUCUCCAUCAGCUUCCUCGUCUUCCUCCUGAUGCUGAUCCUUCUGGGCAAGGGCUUUACUGUCACCAGGGGCCGCAUCAGCCAUGCGGGCUCAGUGAAGCUGUCGGUCUACAUGACGCUCUACACCAUCACGCACGUCGUCCUCUUCAUCUAUGAGGCUGAAUUUUUUGACCCAGCACAGGUGUUGUACACGUAUGAGUCGCCGGCCGGCUACGGGCUCAUUGCGCUGCAGGGCCUGGCCUACGUCUGGUUCUGCUAUGCCGUGCUCAUCACGCUCAAGCAGUUCCCGGAGAAGCAGCCGUUCUACGUGCCCUUCUUCGCCGCUUACACGCUCUGGUUUUUCGCGGUGCCUGUCACAGCACUCAUUGCCAACUUCGGCAUCCCCAAGUGGGCGCGGGAGAAGAUUGUCAAUGGGAUCCAGCUGGGGAUCCACCUCUACGCGCAUGCCGUCUUCCUGAUCAUGACGCGCCCGUCGGCCGCCAACAAGAACUUCCCGUACCAUGUGCGCACGUCGCAGAUUGGCAUCGUGGAGGAGGGGGCGGCGCCAGGCGCCAAGUUCCCACAUCACGUCUACGGCAAUGUCACCUUCAUCAGCGACUCCGUGCCCAACUUCACCGAACUCUUCUCCAUUCCCCAUGGGCCCCCGGCGCCUGCUGCCAGUGCCCGGAAGCAGGUGGAGGAGACGCCAGCCCUGGAGCAGCGUGGUGCAGUGGUGACCACAUCGGCAGAGCUGGGCAGCUCUGUGGCCCCGAAGCCAGGAGGGGGGGCUGAGAGCCAGCCCCCACCCUACCAGCUGCACGCACCCCAGCUGCAUACCCAGAACGGCUUCACCGAGUACUUCAGCAUGCACACGGCCAGUGCCCGGCCCGUGUAACCCCUGCCCCCACCAUCCCGCACCCCCCCACUGCAGGGAGGUGGGGUCCCAGGGCCGUGGGGUGCCCCGGUCCCUCCUCUCCUCCCCCCAGGGGCCCCAAGCACCUAUCUCUGCCCCCCCCCAGCCCUUGCAGGGCCUGUCCCCUCCUCCCCGGGACCCCCUCCCAGCUGGGGCCACGCACCCCCGGACCCUCCCCAUCGGUGCUGUGGAUGCUGGCACCUCCUGAGUCCAGCCAGAGCCAGUUUUGCCAAAAUAAAGAGGAUUCUCGUGUUUC